CGAACGAACGACACAAGCUAAGCUAAGCUCACAAGACAUGUUUGAGAAGACUGGAAAGUACCACCGUGUGCCAGUCGGCUUCGGACCGGCGCCCUCGCCGCGCCAGGAUCCAAAGGGAGAGAGGUUCGACUGGUCGCAAGCCAAGACGACGACCGUGGGCGUCGUGGUCGAGGCAAGCGUGGCCUCGAUCCAAGCCCUUCUACCCGAGGGGUACGAGGCGACUGCGUCCAGCAAUGGCAAGGGCACUGUCCUUUUCGAGGUCAUGGAGCUUCGCAACCUGCCCUGGCUUGCCGGUAGGGGCUACAACACCUGGGGAAUCUAUCUGAAUGACGUCGUCUGCCACCGCGUCAGCCCGCCCGUCAAGGCCAGCUACAUGAGCGUGCUCUUCGAAAGCUUUACCGAUCCCAUUACCACCGGCCGGGAGGAGCUGGGCUUCUGCAAGCUCUGGGCCGAGCUGCCCGACGGAGAGGUGCGAGAAAAGGGACGGACUCACACGGCCUCCUGGCUUGGCUUCGAGUUCCUGAGGCUCGAGCUGGACGGCCUCAAGGAGCACGACCCUGCCACUGCGCCUGGCAGGAAGCCCGAAAGCCGCAUCUUCACGCACCCCACAAAGGAUGGCAUCCUGCACCACCGCUACGUGCCCAGCGUUGGCGAGCCCGGCAAGCACGACGCUUCGUAUGCCACCUUUUGCCCACCACCUCCUGGGGAAGCGCCCGUCAGCUACUAUGCUGCCCCUUAUGCUUCCCCAGACCCAUGCAAGCCGAAGGAGCCCACGACGUUCGCCGACGGAAAAGGCGCCAAGCUCGAGAUCAAGAAGGGCACCUUUGAGCAGCUCCCGACGCUCCACAACGUCGUCGAUGGCCUGGCAGCCCUGCAGCUGGGCAAUGUCCUCGAAGUGGCCGUGCAAAAAUUCAACGGCGCGAGCGAUCUCAAGAGUAACCACAGGAUUGAAAAGUAGUAGUACCUUUUUCUUCUGAUGUGACCAGCCAAGGAGCAG